GCGGAAGGACCGUAAAUGCGGUUGCACUAUGUGCAAACGGUAGGAUAUUGGACAUCAUCUGGUUUGAUUAAAAUGAAGUCGAUAAAGUACAAAGGACAUUAAUCCUAAUAUGCUUUCAAGGUACAUAUUUGUGUGUUAGCCCAGUAAAUAAGGUAGAUGUGUUUCUUUUUCUGAAACGCAAGAGUUUAUAGCAAGUUUAACGGUUUUAUUCCGUAGUUGGCUAGUGCUAGCUAGCUAACCUGGCUAGCUGCUGCGCAGGUGAGUUUCUCAUUCAGCCUUUACUGAAUGCUGUAGCUAUUGUUUUGCUAGUUACCAAACAAAUAGGACAAAAUAGAAGCAAAUCAGAGGUGUGCAUUUUAGCCAAAAAGGAAGGCAGCAAUCCACUGACAUAACCCGCACGAGUUGAGUUUCAACACUUGUACGACGUUCACCUGAAAACCUGAGAUGGGGCGCAGCAGGUCUCGCGACACGUCUGCCGGGAAGACAAAAAGCACACCGGGGCGGGAGAAAAAGCGAGAGAAGAAGAGGAAGAGAAGUUCUUCAUCGUGUUCAUCUUCCUCCUCCAGCAGCAGCGCUAGCCCGUCCCCCAAAAGGAAACCCCGUCCUCCCUCCAGCAAGAGCCAAGAUAAGAGAGAGAACCUGAAGAAGAAGAAAAGGAGUCGGAGCUCCUCCACCUCCUCUUCCUCCUCAUCGAGCUCUUCCUCCUCUUCGUCCUCAUCCAGCGACGAGGAAGCAAAGAAGAAGAGGCAGAGGAGGAAGGCCAAGAAGAAACUGAAAAAGAUGAAAGCCCGGGAAAAAAAGGAGAGGAAGAAAGAGAAAAAGAGGCUGAAGAAGUUGAAGAAGAUGGCAGAGGCAGCGGAGAAGGCCCUGGUGCCUACACUUCCCAGCAUGCCUGUGGAGAAGCCGCCACCUAUCCUGGAGCCGUGGCUGAGUGAGGACACCAGUGAGCAUGGCCCAGCCAUGACGGACGAACAGAAGGCCCGCAUCUCCACCAAGAGGCCCAUGACCAAGGAGCAGUGGGAGGCCCAGCAGAGCGUGAUCCGCAGGGUGGUGGACCCGGAGACCGGUCGUACCCGGCUGGUGCGGGGAGAGGGGGAGAUCCUGGAGGAGAUUGUGACCCGCGAGAAGCACAAAGACAUCAAUAAGAAAGCCACCAAGGGGGACGGGAACGCCUUCCAGAAGAGACUGGGCGUCAAUCGAUAGAGUCCCGGGGUGGUGUGUGCGCCCAGGGGAAAGGGUUUGGGACAGUCUGGGUGUACGGAAGACUGGGGGGAACGUGGGUAAAGAGCCUUAACAAUGGAAUACUCUUCCAGGGUAAGGGUCGACCCCCCCCCCCCCCCAGUCUCAGCUGCACCGCAGAACCCUACCAGUGCUGUAAUCAUUCAGCUGCUUUGCUUCAGAUGGGACAUUUUCUUCCUCUGAGACCUCAAAUGCUAUUCGGUCACAUUCAGUCAAAUAAGAGCACAGAUGAGUCAUUUCUUUUAACUGUUUUUCCAUGUUUUAUAUUUCCAACACCACAUUAUAACAGAGUUGGCCAUUUUGUAUUUGUGCGUUGUUACAAAUUCGUGGACGCAGCCAUAUCGACUCUGUUAGAUCCUUCCUCGUCACACGGCCGAAUCGUGGUCUUUUCACAACGCAGAAAGAGAAACGCGUUUCGUUUCUUGACAGCGAAGCGGCAAAGAAUACGCGACUCAGACAGACUUUCGGGUGUUCAUAUUUAUUUAUACACUGUACAGACACAAGCAGAGGAAGAAAGGAGCCGUCCAGCUGUCUCUACAGCGCUGACGUUGCGUACAGAGAAACCGCACAGGGAGCAGAGCCAGGGAAGGAGAGCCAUGUUGGCGUGAGGUGGUCCACACAUUCAUAAUGAGGCCUCUCUCACACGCUCUCUGAAAUAACACAGCGGGACGAGGCAGCCCCUCAGAGCAGCGCUCGGACCGCGGGAGGGGGCGGCUCGUUUUGGGAUCGCCCGUCUCCCGCUGUGUGGUCACCUGACCUCAGAUCUCUCACUGUGUACUGUGUUAAUUUGUUUCACGUGUGCUGAAUAUUUUAUGAUUUUUUUUUUCCCCCCCAGAAGACCAUUUGUGUAACGGUUCCCUGUAAAUAAAACGCGCUAAAAUCUCG